AGAAAACGCACUGAUUUGCUGCAGAAGACGUAAGGAAUCGAAGGCCGCUUGGCUGACCAGACCACUUGUCCUCAGGAACAUAAUACAUCAUCAGAAUACCUGGCGCUGAAUUGAUCGCUGUCAUUAAUUCAGGUUGGGUGAGUGGCACCGGUCCAACAAAGGCAUGCGUUCUUAGAUUUUUUUUACAUAAUCUUAUCCUUGCGUAAUUUUAUACGGAGUUUUGGAUGCGGCGCGGAGCAGUGUGUUGUCAGGAUCUGGGUAAUACGGCCAGGAAGGAUUUGUCCAGCGCUCUCUUUUCUCCCUGCAUCCCGCUUGUUGUCUUUACAUUGGAUAGACUAUUACUGUAAGGGACUAAGACGAGGUGCAAAUUAUAAACAGACGUGUCCGAUUUGGCAGCGGAUGGAUUUAAUUUCAGAGAAUCGCUGAGGGUGGCUUAAUCUGAUCUGACGUGAAGACCUCAAUAAAGCGAUGCCUGUGAUUCCACCAGCUGCUGCUCUAUGCUGUGCAGAAAGAGACUCAUAAUACAGGAAGUUCUGCUCCUUAAAUAACAACAACACACCAACGACUAGCAUGCUGCCUCCACACAGAGCAGGUGCCCUGCCGGAGCCCUCUCCCAGCCCGAGGAGGAUCCAGGUUCAAUGGGCCUUGUACCUCUCCCUCUCCCUGGCCCUCCUCUGGUUCCCUUCUGGGACGGUAGCCUCAAGCCUCAACUGCCACAAGACCUGCAUCUGUGCCAGUAACAUCGUGAGCUGUUCCAAGAUGAACCUGACCACGGUGCCCACUGGCCUGCCUCCCUACACGGCCGUCCUGGACCUCAGCCACAACCACAUCGCCCGGCUGAGGGCUGAGUGGACCACGGUGAAACUCACCAAGCUCCGCAACCUCCUGCUCAGUCACAACGGCCUCCAAUUCCUCUCCUCCGAGGCUUUCCUUUACGUCAAACACCUGCGCUACCUGGACCUGUCCUCCAACGACAUGCGACAGCUCGACGAGUUCAUAUUCGAACCGUUGGGGCAGCUGGAGGUGCUGUUGCUGUACAACAACCGUAUAUCUCAGAUUGACCUCUCAGCCUUCCAGGGUCUCCACAGACUGCAGAAACUCUACCUGUCCCAGAACAUGAUCUCACGCUUCCCCCUGGAACUGAUUAAAGAGAAGACCCGCCUGGAGAAACUCAGCCUGGUGGACCUCUCCUCCAACAGGAUCAAGGUCCCCCCCAUCGAGGAGCUGAAGGUGCUGCCUGCCUGGAUAAAGAACGGCCUCUACUUCCACAACAACCCUCUGAUCUGUGACUGUAGUCUUUAUAGUCUCCUGGCCCAUUGGCACAUCCGCCGACUAAACUCAGCCCUGGACUUUAAAGACGAGUACACCUGCUAUCUCCCCGGGCCCCAGAAAGGCAGGGUGGGCGUCUUCGACCUGAACAGAGACCAUAUGAACUGUAGUACGUUCCACGAGGCGGACGAGGAGGCUUGGCUGGAACAGACGCUGAUCCUGCGCUGUGAUACUAAACACAGGGACCUGUCUAAGACCUGGGUGACGCCUGGUAAUGUGGUGGUGACAGAGGGGGCGAAUCAGACAGCCAAGGUGCUUCCUGACGGCAGUCUCCAGAUCAGCCCGGUGAAGCUGGAGGAUUCUGGGACGUAUACGUGCUACGCUGUGAGCGAAGCCCUCAACGAGACGCUCUACGUACUGGUGAAGGUGCAUAACUUCACGGAGAACGGAAACGGCGAAGCCCUGAACACGGCCUACACCACGCUGGUGGGCUGUCUAACCAGCGUGGUCCUAGUGCUCAUCUACCUGUACCUGACCCCCUGCCGAUGCUUCUGCUGCCCCAAGAACAACCACCAGGACUCCAUCCACUCCUCCAUGCUCAGCGCCGCGCCCAGCCAUGAGGACCUGGCCAACAACACUGACCCAAGGCACGUGGCCUUCAUCGACCCCAAGGAGCUGGGACAGGGGCUGAACGGGAAGGUGAACCCCAGCGAUGGAGACGGGGACCAGGGAGAGAUGGAUGAGGAGGGAGGGUUACUGAGGAAGGGAAGGAGGAAGAAGUCUAUUAGUUCGGUCUUCUCUGACACCCCCAUAGUGGUCUGAGAUGGUACGGACCGGCGAUAUGUACGCUGUGACAUGAUUGGAUGGAUCAGGGAUGUACGUGGUGUGAUUGGAUGAAACUGUGACUACUUCCUUGGACAGAAAGCCAAUCAUAGUUCACUAAACUGACCAAUCAGAAGCUUCAGGGGAGUAUUAACACAUUACCUUGGUAUUAACAAGGACAACUGAUAAUAAACAGGACCUUUCCAGCAUUUGAUCUGUAGCACUUAAAUAUACAUACUGUGAAAGCCUGACAGAGGAGUCCCACUGGGCACACACUGGUUGAAUCAACGUUGUUUACACGUCAUUUCAAUGAAAUUACAUUGAACCAACGUGGAUAGAUGUUGAGUUGACGUCUGUGCCCAGUGGGGUGUAAGAGGACACUAUUCCUUCCUGUGAUUCAGUAACUGUGUAAGAGGAUAUCAUGUUGGACGGUAUCAGUACUCAGGAAGACAUUGAUUGGCGGAGGACAGAAAAUAUGAGAUUGUGCGCCAUUUUAAACAUUAAAAAAAAUAAUAAGUUAAUACAUAUAUAAUCAAGUCAUGAGCAUGAGCCUUGUAGACUGAAUCAUAUUUAUAUUUACUAAUAGGAGUAGACUAGCGUGAGUCUUCUAUAGACGUUAGCACAUACAGAACUUAGCACAUACAGAACGUACAUACGGUAGCUAUACCCAUAGAAAUAGAAUUACUUUAUAUUACUUCCUUGCAUGGGUACAUUCAAUAUGGACACCGGUCCACCCAUCACAGAACAUUGACUUGGAUGGGAAUGUCCGUUCUAAUAAUUAUAUUUCUAUGCAUAUACCCCUCCACCCCCACAGAGAGACAGACAGACAGACCACCAGAGCCAUACAUAGAAGCAACAACAUGGCCACCAGCUCCAGAGUUGGCAAAACACAACAACAUGUCGACCAGCUCGAGUUGGCCAAAUACAACAUGUCGACCAGCUCCAGAGAUGGCCAAACACAACAACAUGUCGACCAGCUCCAGAGAUGGCCAAAUACAACAACAUGUCGACCAGCUCCAGAGAUGGCCAAAUACAACAUGUCGACCAGCUCCAGAGAUGGCCAAAUACAACAACAUGUCGACCAGCUCGAGUUGGCCAAACACAACAACAUGGCUACCAGAUCCAGAGUUGGCCAAACACAACAACAUGUCGACCAGAUCCAGAGUUGGCCAAACACAACAACAUGGCCACCAGCUCGAGUUGGCCAAACACAACAACAUGUCGACCAGAUCCAGAGUUGGCCAAACACAACAACAUGGCCACCAGCUCGAGUUGGCCAAACACAACAACAUGUCGACCAGAUCCAGAGUUGGCCAAACACAACAACAUGGCUACCAGAUCCAGAGUUGGCCAAACACAACAACAUGUCGACCAGCUCCAGAGUUGGCCAAACACAACAACAUGGCCACCAGAUCCAGAGUUGGCCAAACACAACAACAAAUGUAAAUUGCACUACAUCGGAUUGAAUCGAGCCUUAGGUACCUCUCUGGUCAUGAAUAGUCAGAACCAGUGGGUCAUACUGAAGAGGAACAGCAUGUUAUAAACAAACAUCACACUACAGCCCAGAGACCAGACAG